UGGCAUUCAGUCCACAUUUACUGAGGCUGCAGGGCAGAAGUUUAACUUCUGUUUUCUCACUGUCUUUAUGUGAUUUGCUUCUUCAUUGUUAUUUUUUCUUUGUCUGUGAUGUUUUACAAGAGAUUUGAAAUGGAAUAACUCUGCCUGUGGAAGUGGUAAACAGGGAUAUUUUCUCCAGUUUUAUUUUUGCAUCUUCACCUCUGUUCUCUCAGGUCUUUGUGUGCUCAGCACAGACAGGAUGACAUGGCGUCCCCAGUACCGUAGUUCCAAGUAUCGCCAUGUGUUUGGGAAGCCGGCCACAAAAGAGAAUUGCUAUGAUGGUGUCCCCAUCACCCGGAGUGUUCAUGACAAUCACCUCUGCGCCGUCAACCCUCGCUUUAUCGCCGUCAUCACGGAAUGUGCAGGGGGUGGGGCCUUCCUGGUACUGUCCAUCAACCACACUGGCAAGGUUGACCCUCAUCAUCCAAAGGUUUCUGGUCACAGAAGCAAUGUACUUGACAUCAAAUGGAAUCCCUUUAAUGACUUCUGCAUAGCAUCUUGUUCAGAGGACAGCACAGUAAAGAUCUGGGAUAUUCCUGAACAUGGUGUUCUGAAGAACAUCACAGUGCCUUGGAAGGAGCUGCAGGGUCAUUCACGACGUGUCGGCCUCAUUGAGUGGCACCCCACUGCCAACAACAUCAUUUUCAGUACUGGCUAUGACUACCAGGUUAUGGUGUGGAAGCUUGAUGUUCCUGAACAGGUGAUCAAGAACCCUGUGCGGUCCAUCAGUGUGCAUUCAGAUGUGGUUUUGUCAAUGUCAUUCAACACAGACGGCAGCAGACUUGCCACCUCUUGCAAGGACAAGAAGAUCAGAGUGAUUGACCCACGAACUGGCACCCUUUUACAGGAGACUAACUGCAAAUCACACAAAGCCAGUAAAGUGCUAUUUCUUGGAAACCUGAAAAUGCUCCUCUCAACGGGCAAUUCACGCUGGAACCAUCGUCAGAUUGCACUAUGGGAUCAGGAGGACCUCACUAAGCCGUCUUAUUCAGAGGACUUGGACGGCUCCUCUGGUGUUCUUUUUCCUUUUUAUGACCCUGACACACACAUGCUUUACAUAGCUGGAAAAGGUGAUGGAAACAUCAGAUACUAUGAAAUCAGUCCAGAGAAGCCAUAUGUGCAUUAUCUGACUGAAUACCGAUCUCUUCUACCACAGAAGGGAAUGGGUGUCAUGCCAAAGAGAGGGCUUGAUGUGUGUUCCUGUGAAAUCUUCAGAUUCUACAAGCUAGUGACAAUCAAAUGUCUCAUAGAACCUCUCUCCAUGAUUGUUCCACGAAGGUCAGAGUCCUAUCAAGAGGACAUUUACCCCAUGACAGCUGGGAACAAGCCAGCCAUGACAGCAGAUGAGUGGAUCGGUGGUCUAGACAAAGGUCCUGUGAUGAUGUCUCUGAGGCCUGGAAGUAAACUGGACUCAUAUGUGGAAUUGGGCUCAGGGAAAGACCCAACAGACUCAAUGGAGACGCAAAUUUCUCGCAGUCGGCCAGGACUAUCACAGCUGAUUCAGGAAAGGCAGGAUGCCAAAGAGGUGAACACGCGCAGAGAAACCCCCUCAACCUUGCUGCUCCCAUCCACAGAUGAAAGAAGCAGCUCCACAACCUAUGUCAGCAACGGACAACUAGAUUCCACACACUGCUCGCCACCAAAAACAGAGAAUGAGCUACGACAGAUGUUUUAUAAGCAGCAGGAUGAGAUCCGAAGGCUGAGGGAGCAGCUUAACCAGAAAGAUGUGCGGAUAAAACAGCUAGAAUUGGAGAUCAAAAAUGUGAGAAACUCACAUGCCACUCUUUGAAAGAAACUGUAGUACAUCACACUGUCAAAAGCCUUGUCUGCUUCACUAACAUUCACUUAAGAAUUUUGGGCCUCAUGAAUUAUGCUGUAAAGGUGCGGUCACAUUUACAGAAGUCCAGUCAUUUCUAGAGGAGUCCUUGCGACCGGGAGUUUUGUUUGACGGUGAAAGAUUUCCCCUCAGAGAUUUUGCUUGUGUUCAAGUUGGUGACAUGAAUUUGAGCCUUUGACCAAUAGAAAGCUGCUUGAUUUGAAAGUGACUGUUGAGCUGUGCUUCAUGCAUCGCUACACUUUUGACAAUGGACAACAGACCUUUUUGCCCGCGAAAUUUCGCAAAUGUGACCGCUCCUUAAAGAAACACAUGGGCUACAUUCACAUUUCUAACAUCUCUUUAUGGAAAGUCAUUCCUUGUAUGCACAUUUUGUGCACUGUACAACCUUCAUGGGAAUUUUUAUUACACUUUAGCACUAUGCAAAUGUUUUUUUUUUAGCUUGUGAUCAUACUUGUUUAAAUGUUUUUUUUUUUAUUAUUAUUAUUUUAAAAAUGAGCUUAAAUGAGCAUAUGAGUGUUUUGUUUUAUAAAUUGGGUUAUUUGAGAUUUUGCUUGAAUGUGAUUGUAAUUAGAUUUUUUUCUGAUUAAUUUAAAUUUCUGUGCAAAUGGAUGAGUGAUGUGGAUGAAAGUUUGAGAGUAACAAUGCAAAUUUUUAGAACAAAUGGAGGUAAAUUUGAAAAUGUAAGUUCAUUAUCAUCUUAUGUUUAAGAUAUUUAGUUUUCUGUGUGUUCAAAUGCUGUUAAAAGAGUUUACCAAAUCCCAGCAUGCACUGAAGUGGUAGCAUAGUGGGAACUGGCUGGGGUUUACACAAGAUCUAAGGAAAGUCAAGUUUAGGUUCAGUAAUUCCUUCAUGCAUAAGGGCCAUCCACUGACAAAAUCCCAUUCUGCAACACGCUUGCUAUGAACUGCCAAACUGUUCAAAAUGCAUGAAAGUACCACCACAUUUUAAUGAUUUACUUUAACUCAAAACAAAACAAAACAAAAAAAAAUAGUCUCCAAUUAGGAUCCACUGAUGCUACACUUAGUUUCACAAAUUUAAACAAGCCAUACUUUUUACAAAUUAUUUGAAUAAUGUUCUGUUUAUAUAUAGAUCUGUGUGUGCACACGUCAGAAUAUAUAAUCGAAUAAGAGGUUAUAGAUACUAUUUUAAGUGUUGUUGCUGAAAUAUUUCAAGAUAUUUACUAAAUGUUGUCCAAACAACCUUGAUUGCAGUCUCUUCUUUUUUAAUCCUAAAUUAUAAAAAAAACUAUAAAGAUUCAAUAAAGCAUUCACCACAAAUAAAUGUUUGCCACAACUAUACUAGACAUAGGUUUCUCUUUGUUUACAUUAGUUACAUUAGUUAAUAUGAACUAACAAUGAACAAAACUUCUACAUUAUUUGUGACCUUGGACCACAAAACCAGUCAUAAGGGUCAAUUUUUUGAAAUUGAGAUUUAUACAUCAUUUUUCAGCUGAAAAAAGAAGCUUUCCAUGAUGUAUGGUUUGUUAGGAUAGGAUCUCAUUUGGCUGAGAUACAGCUAUUUGAAAAUCUGAAAUCUGACGAUGCAAAAAAAAUCAAACAUUGAGAAAAUCGCCUUUAAAGUUGUCCAACUGAAGUUCUUAGCAAUGAGUAUUACUAGUCAAGUUUUGAUAUAUUUACGGUAGGAAAUUUACAAAAUAUCUUCAUUGAACAUGAUCUUUACUUAAUAUCCUAAUGAUUUUUGGCAUAAAAGGAUAAUCGAUCAUUUUGACCCAUACAAUGUAUUGUUGGCUAUUGCUACAAAUAUACCUGUGUGACCCUGUGGUGCAGGGUCACAUUACAUUUAGCAAUUAUACAUUUUUAAUAUCACUGUACUGUGAACUAACAUUAACAAUGAACAACAGUGUUUUAUUCACAAAUAUUACUGAA